UGGGAUGGCCAUGCGAGUUCAUCUGCCUCACUGCUAAGCUUUCCCAAACCUGUCUUUAACUCUGGUGUCUCUUUGCUGACUUGUCUCCUCAAUCCAGUUGGUGAGAUGGAGAUGAGAAGGUACACUUCUGCACUGGGGUCUUUGGGAGCCUCUCUGGAGACCCCUUGACCUUGGGAACCCUCUGUAUAUCUCUCCUGGACCACAGGUCAGCACACCAUCAACUGUGAGCAGAUGACUGAAUUCUCCUGGAAGGAUAUAAUUAAUGCCUUGUCCCUGGCCAACAUGGUGCUGGGGCUCUUCUCCAUCUUCUGUAGCUUCAGCAGGAAACCCCACUGUGCUUCCUGGAUGCUUCUGAUCUGCUUCCUGUUAGACAUGGCAAUAGGGACAAUGAUCAGAUACCUCAACAUCUGCCAAAAACUGGGAUUCGAACUGAAUGACUUUGCUGUCUUCACCACCUUCGGCCUGGCCUCGGCUCUGCUCCUUGGUGUGGAUGGGCCUCUGAAUGGGUUCCUGGCCACCAUCUAUGUGUUGACCACUUCUUUCCGCCUGUGCUUUAGCUCAACUGGAGGAGGUCCCUGUACAUACAAGGGCCUACCCUGCCCCUACGCUUCCUGUGUUUUGGCUUCCACCUGCCUUCUGACCAAGGGCAACACAUUCAUUCUCUGCUGCAUGGCUUCACUCAUGAUUCUGUUCAUGGUCGACCAGAGCUGCUACCCACAUGAUGAAAUCCUGGAAUCGGAGAACUGGAAAAAAGUAGUUUAUUUGGGAGGUAUCAUCAUGCUGUUUUUUUGCCCGUUCUCGCUCACCGCCGUUUACUGCCUGAUAUGGUCACUCUCGUAUAUCUUCUUCCCAGAUGCCCUGUGGGGCAAGGGAGUUUGUGUUAAGAUCUAGUGCAGGGAAACCAUACCUUCACCACUCCUGCUGGCCUGGUGGGUUCUACGAUUAGCAUACCGUACCAACACCUGCUUAUCCACUAAAGCUUUUUUGGCACCCGUGUUGUCUUACGCUUGGUUGCACGCUCUCUCUUGUCCUGAAUCACGUCGACCUACAGUGGGCCCAUAAGCCUUCUUUCUCUUUAUUCAGGGUUCAGACUCCCUUUUGGGUAAUACUUGUCUCAGUCAUGUAGGAUAGACUUUUAUUUCCAAGAUAAGUUUUGGGCUGAAACUCAAACCCAGCCUUGGAUACAUGAAACUCUAUCUCAAAAAAAAAAAAAUUGAUUGGCAGCCUAAAUGUAUCACCUGGUGUAUUAGGCAGGUGCAGAGAUGAUAGGAUGGAUCUCUAUCUAUCAUCUAUCUACAUUAUUUAUAUAAUAAUUAAAUUUCUAUAUAAUACAUUAUUUAUAUAAUAUAUAUCUUUGGGUCUGUAAGC